CUCCAAAAUUAUUCAGUUUUGUAGUUUUUUGUUGCUCAUCACUCUCACCCCUUGUUUUUUUACCAAUGGAGUUUGAUACCAAAUAUAGAGAUUCUCUCUCUUUCCAACCGAUGAUUUCGUCGGAGAACUACAUGAAAGCCGGGUUUGGAGAUGGAUUUUCUUUAGAAGCUUGCUCAUCGAAAGGAAGUCUCCAAGAUUUUCCUCAAUUUGAUCAAUUUCAUGUUGAUAAUUUAUCAACAAAUUCGGAAUCCGGGGUUCUUCCACUCUAUUUCGAUCAAUUUGAAACUUUAGCUGAUGGUUCUUCCUCUAAUUUCGAUAUCUCCGAAUCAAAGUCUUUUAUAGAUGCUUGUGGUAAUGGGAUAAUGGAGAAAUUUCAGAAUAGGGUUUUCAUGAAUUGUUCCCCUAGAAUCAUGCCCGAUGUGAUCGAACUAGAUAGAAUGACUUACCCCUCCAUGAAUUUUCAAGAUCUAGAAUCUCCUAACUUGCCAUUUUUGCCUGAGGAUAUCUCAUGUAUUACUGUAGAUCGAAAUAGACUUUGUAGGAAAAUGGGCAUGAAUAGAAAGAAUUUUCCAAGUAGAAGGACAAGCAAAGUCCAAAAGAAGGCUAAUUUGAUCAAAGGGCAAUGGACGACUGAAGAAGAUAGCCUUUUAGUGCGCUUGGUAGAGCAGCAUGGAGUAAGAAAAUGGUCUCAUAUUGCUCAAAUGUUGCAUGGAAGAAUAGGAAAACAAUGCAGGGAAAGAUGGCACAACCAUCUACGGCCUAACAUCAAGAAAGAUACAUGGACUGAGGAUGAGGACAAGAUUCUAAUUGAAGCUCAUACAGAAAUUGGAAAUAAAUGGGCAGAAAUUGCAAAGAGGCUACCUGGGAGGACUGAAAAUUCCAUAAAAAAUCAUUGGAAUGCAACCAAAAGAAGGCAAUUCUCAAGGCGAAGAUGUCGAAGCUCAAAACAUCAAAAAUCAAGUUCUCUCCUACAAAAUUAUAUCAAGAGCUUGCCUACAACUUCAAACAUUGCAGAAAAUCAAAGAAAAACAUGCAUGGAGGCCAAACUGCAAAUUGUUAAUCCCAUGGUCAGGUCUCCAACUCAACGAGAGAGUUUUGAAUAUUGUGCAGGAGAUCGGUUAGUGCCAAAUUAUGAUUUUGGUGAGACUGCAGAUUUUUCUUUCAAUACAAAGAUGUUUGCUGAGAAAUAUAGUCUUGGGUCUAUAUUUGAUGAGAUUCCGGGUGCAUCCGUUGUUGAUGAGGAAAGUUUGGAGAUGGAAAUGCCAUUGGAUAUGGAUUCUCUAUUGCAAUAUGAUGUGAAAAGGGAAAUGGACUUGGUGGAGAUGAUCUCUGAAUCCAAUAUCUAA